UUUAGCCCACAUGUGGCCUCCCUGCUUUGCUCACCUCCUUUCUGCAGAUCUGUCGUGUUUUCUUGCCUUGGCUUUCAUUUAUUACCCACCUCUGAUUCUUCAGGAAAAGCACCAGACGCAAACAAAAACACAUCUGAAUACUUGCGGCUACUUCUCUCCGCUUUGAAAAGCCUGCAUCUGCCGCUUCAGAGAAGCCACUGAAGCUUCACAAACGCCGAAAAUUCAUCAGCACACUUGAAACUGACCCACGAGUUUGAAGCUUCAGAUUGAAGAUACUGCAACCCUUUUCCAAAGCAACAUGGAGCUUCAGAAGAUUCCCAAUGGAAACCACAAGAUGAUGACUUCGGAAGAAGGCAUGUUUGAUGCAGGAGAAUGCGAAGAGUUUCUACCUCACAAGACCGAUGGGAAGAAGAGGCCGCAGUUUACAGAUUUUGAAGGGAAGACCUCUUUUGGAAUGUCUGUCUUUAACCUCAGUAAUGCCAUCAUGGGGAGUGGAAUUCUGGGAUUGGCCUACGCCAUGUCAAACACGGGAAUCGCUCUCUUCCUAAUCCUGUUGACUUGUAUCGCAGCCUUGUCAGCCUAUUCUGUCCACCUUCUCCUGAAAAGUGCUGGAGUCGUCGGUAUUCGUGCUUAUGAACAGUUAGGCAAGCGGGCGUUUGGUCAUACUGGGAAAGUGCUGGCAGCCAUCAUCAUCACUGUGCACAACAUUGGAGCUAUGUCAAGCUACCUUUUCAUUGUGAAGUAUGAGCUGCCUCUGGUCAUCCAGGCUUUUCUGGGCAGGCCGACCAGCACCGGAGAAUGGUUCUUUAAUGGAAAUAACCUCAUCAUCAUCGUCAGUGUCCUCAUCAUCCUCCCCCUCGCUCUCAUGAGGCACCUGGGGUACCUGGGCUACACCAGCGGCUUCUCCCUCACAUGCAUGGUGUUCUUCCUCAUAUCGGUUAUAUACAAGAAGUUCAACAUUCCCUGCCCCUUUGAGACUUUCGGCAAUCAUUCUCUCAAUACCACUGCUGAGGGAGAUUGUGAGGCUAAACUGUUCACCAUUAAUCAGCAGACUGCAUAUACAGUCCCCAUUUUGGCCUUUGCUUUUGUGUGUCACCCAGAAGUGCUGCCCAUCUACACAGAACUGCACAACCCCACCAAGAAGCGCAUGCAGAGCAUUGCCAACAUCUCCAUCUUAGGCAUGUUUACCAUGUACCUCCUCACUGCAGUCUUUGGCUACCUCACAUUCUAUGUCACCGUGGAAGCAGAGCUCCUCCACAUGUACAGCAGAGUGGACCCUCUGGAUGUCCUCAUACUGUGCGUGCGUCUGGCAGUGCUGCUGGCCGUCACCCUGACGGUACCCGUGGUCCUCUUCCCGAUCCGGAGAGCCAUCCUGCAGCUCCUCUUUCCUGAGAAGCCCUUCCACUGGCUCCGGCACGUCGGCAUCGCUGUCACCCUCCUCUUCCUCGUCAACCUUCUUGUUAUUUUUGUGCCAAACAUCAAGGACAUUUUUGGCAUCAUCGGGGCCACCUCUGCACCCAGUCUAAUUUUCAUCCUGCCUGGAUUGUUCUAUAUUCGGAUUGUCCCCAUUGACCAAGAGCCAAUGAAUUCUAGACCAAAGAUUCAGGCUGCCUGCUUCUCAGCUCUUGGGUUCCUCUUCAUGAUCAUGAGCAUGACUUUCAUCGUCCUUGACUGGGUGAACGGGGAGAGCCGCAGCGGAGUUGGACACUAGCAUGUUACUGCUGACCAGGGAUACCAAUACUAAAAACAGCAAGCCUUUCCUGAACACCCUCCCCCCUCAUAUAGUUCAUAUAGCCCAACAUAUGACAAGCAGAUUAAACACUUGAAAGGCUGAACCCCUCCUAACUGCAGCUAUGGUGAGACGACCUUCCCACAAGCUGUCUGGUUCAUUUCCCUCUACGGUGGAAGCAGAACUCAUCAAUGACCAUAGAGUGUUUCUUUCAAGAAAGAAGUCAGACUUGUGUUUGUUUGGAUUCAUCAAGGUGUGUCCAACAAAAUAAUAGUUUAUAGAAGCUGACAGACAGAACAGAGAGAGUGUGAAAAUGCAAAUUAGUAUUAUUGCCAAGAAAACUGUAUGAACCAACAGAAGAGUACUUAUUUCCAAGGCCAGGUCACAGCAGGUCACCUGUGACUCAAAAGAUAUACAAAUCCAGACCAAAGUCUUCCUUACUUUUUUACAGUUCAACUGAAUUCUAGCUCUAAAAAUGGGAAAAAUAGCCAAGUGCAUUCAGAUAAAAGAAUAUCGGAAUGAUUUAUUUAUAUUAUAUCCUUAAACUUGAAAUGAAAUUGCUGAAAAAAUAUUUCUUUCAGGCUAUUUAUUUGGAGGGGCAAUCAGAAGUACCAUCAUCUCUUUUUAAAAAGAGGAGCAACUACAAUUAGAAUUUAGUAAUUUGAAGAUGUGUGUUAUAGUAAUAUAACUUAGGUGCUACUGGGGUAUCUCUACCUGCCAGUAGAUUUGGGUAGAGGUUGGUGCUUUUCACUAUUUGUACCAGUAGAACGUUCACCCAUUUGGGUUCAGUUGAUUAUUCCUUAUCGAUGCUGCAGUCUGAAUUUAUAACAAAUAUGAAGCUGAAGAAGCAUUUUACUUUUCUCAGUACCUUUCAGUAUUUCAUUUAUCACAGGACAGCCAACCUCAGCUGAUGCUCGAGCCAUCUCUUAAGUUUAUUGUAAAUGUUUGCCAUAGCACUUUCCACCGUAGUGCCAAAAUCAACACUGAUUAUAGGUGAUAUAUUUUGUAGGGGGAGGGGAGUCGAUCAAAAGCAGGAGUUGUACAACGCAAAGGUGACUUUUAUUAGAAGGAGACGUUGACACAUCAGCUGAUUGAAAUAGCAUUUCUGAUCGUUAUCUCGGAAGGGGAACAUGACAGUACAUGCACGGUAUCCAUUCGGUUGGAAAUGAGGUGAGUCGUGGAUGAAGAAUAUCCUGUUAAGCAUUCCCAUGUUAACUUGUGUUUAGACCCAACGCUACUUGUAAAGACAAGUGUACCAAAGAUGGAUGUCAAAAAGAGAAGCUUUAACCCGUACCUUACUAGACUCAGACACACCAUCACCCCACAGUCCAGAAAUUCAGAUUUCAGGAGCCACAAGGAAAGUGAUUGCUGAUUUUCAUCAUACUGUUAAAAAAAAACAAAAAAAAAACUUUGGACUUUUCCAAAGGCCAUGUUUGAUUUGUGGUAGGUUAUGAAUUAUAUAUCUCUUUUCAAUAAAGGUGAAUGGUUGUCAUUA